AUGGAAACGAGCAACCACACUUCCGCCAGCCAGCGUGCGCUGGCUACCAUCGAGAUCCUCUCGAUCAUCUUAUUCUCCUUUACGCCUGACCAGCAUCGCCCAGUGGGCGAGCAAGUCUCCACUCGAGGACGAAGUCCCUUGCUGAGUUGCACUCUCGUCAACAGAACCUGGUAUUCUGAAGCAAUCCGAGCUCUAUGGUUUGAGCCCACUGCAUGGUCAAGGCAUGCACUGGCUCGAAUCUUUGACUGGAUUCCUGUACGUCGCCGACAGAUGUUUGCAGAUAAUAUACGAAAGGCAACUAUCCUUACUGUCGUCCGCAUCGGUAUGACCAAACACUUCGAUGGGGCUGAUUUACACAGACUUCAGUCUCUGACGCUGUUGAUUCACACACCUGCGCACAUUGCUAUAUCGAUCCCCCUUCUCGCAAGUCCUUCUGUCAGACAUUUGUCAAUUGGAUCUAAGGAAGGGUAUUUUGACCAAAACCAAAAAAUGGUGAUGGAGAUGUGGCUCAGACUUUUCAAGAGCAUUGCAGAGCUUUUCCCCAACCUGGAAAGCCUUUAUUUUCAAGACCGAGUUUUUAAAGACCUCAGGGUUCUGGUCAAGCUCAAGCAGGACCUGGGAUUGAAAUCCUUGAAGCAAAAGGCAUGGAAUGCACCAACCGUUGAUGUUUGA